UUUUCUUCUGAAGAGUUGCAGACUUCCUCUAAUCAUUUUUUAGCUACAAACUUUUCUUCUGAAGAAUAUCUAAUAUCUUAAAGAUCUGUUGCAGAGAGUUCCCUUAAUUAAUCCCUUGUUACCUACAAGAAAAGAAAAAAAAAAAACAUGGCUGGUUUUAUUGGAGAAGCCGUUUUGUCUGGGUUCAUUCAGAAGUUGGUCAACAUGGUCGCCUCGCCGGAGGUCUGGAAGUACGCACGUGAAGAGCACGUGGAUUCUGACCUGAACAAGUGGAACAAAACAUUGAUGAAGAUCUACGCAGUGCUCCAUGACGCGGAGGAGAAGCAGAUGACAAACCCCCUGGUGAAGAUGUGGCUACACGACCUCAGAGACUUGGCUUAUGAUGUGGAGGACAUCUUGGACGACUUCGCCACCCAAGCUUUGCGACGCAACUUGAUCGUGGCUCAACCCCAACCGCCCACUGGUACCGUUCGGAGCAUUUUAUCUUCUGUGUCUACUAGUCUCACUUUGAGUGCUGCUUGGUCCAAUUUAAGUAUGGGUUCCAAGAUAGAGGAGAUCACUGCCAGAUUACAAGAUAUUUCAGCCCAAAAAAAGCAACUGGAUUUAAGAGAUAUUUCUGCAGGUUGGUCUGGUAGAAAGAGACUACGGAGACUGCCAUCCACUUCUUUGGUGAUUGAAUCUCGUAUUUAUGGCAGGGAAACAGAUAAAGCUGCCAUACUUGCCAUGCUGCUCAAGGAUGAUCCAAGUGAUGAUGAAGUCUGCGUGAUCCCCAUCGUCGGCAUGGGAGGUAUAGGCAAAACUACUCUUGCUCAACUUGCGUUUAAUGACGAUAAAGUGAAGGAUCAUUUUGAUUUGCGAGCUUGGGUCUGUGUUUCCGAUGAUUUUGAUGUUUUGAGGGUGACCAAAACUAUUCUGCAAUCACUUUCUCCACAUACACGUUAUGCCAACAAUCUUAAUUUGCUUCAGAUUGAGCUCAGGGAGAAACUUUACCGGAAGAAAUUUCUUCUUAUCUUGGACGACGUUUGGAAUGAGAAUUUUGAUGAAUGGGAUAUUUUGUGCAUGCCGAUGAGAGCCGGAGCGUCAGGUAGUAAGCUUAUUGUCACAACCCGUAAUAAAGGGGUUGUAUCUGUUACCGGAACUUGUUCAGCUUAUCCCCUUCAGGAGUUAUCAUAUGAUGAUUGUCUAUCUUUAUUCACCCGACAAGCAUUAGGGGCAAGAAACUUUGAUGCUUAUCCACACCUGAAAGAAGUUGGAGAGGAGAUAGUCAGAAGGUGCAAAGGCUUGCCUUUGGCAGCAAAGGCGCUUGGUAGCAUGUUGCGCAAUCAACUAAAUCGCAGAGCAUGGGAAGAUAUAUUAACAAGCAAGAUAUGGGAUCUCCCGGAGGAGAAAAGUCAUAUUCUUCCGGCUCUCAAGCUAAGCUACCAUCAUCUUCCUUCUCAUUUGAAGCGGUGUUUUGCUUAUUGCUCGAUAUUUCCAAAAGACUAUGAAUUCGACAAAGAUGAAUUAAUCCUAUUAUGGAUGGCAGAAGGUUUUCUGCAACAAACAAAGGGAGAGAACCAGCCUGAGAAGUUAGGUUGUGAGUACUUUGAUGAUUUAUUCUCAAGGUCAUUUUUUCAACAGUCAACUCAAAAUUCAUCCCAAUUUUUUAUGCAUGAUCUUAUUAACGAUUUAGCACAAUCUAUUGCCGGAUACAUAUGCUUUAAUUUGGAUGAUGAGUUAGAGAAUAAUAAGCAAUCCACGGCUGUUUCAGAGAAGGCUCGUCAUUUGGCAUUCAAUCGUCAACGUUAUGAGAUGAUGAGAAAAUUCGAAGCGUUUCAUAAGGCUAAGUGUCUGCGGACGUUAGUUGCUUUGCCACUGGCUACAUUUUCUACAUAUUUCAUUUCAAGUAAGGUGCUAGAUGACCUUUUAAAAGAAAUGAAAUGUUUGCGGGUAUUGUCAUUAAGUGGUUAUUUCAUAAGUGAGAUGUUACCAAAUUCCAUAGGCGGUUUGAAACAUCUGCGCUAUUUGAAUUUAUCUGAUUCUUUGAUGAAUAGGUUACCCGAUUCAGUGGGUCAUCUUGAUAAUUUGCAAACACUGAUAUUACGCAAUUGCUAUAGACUUGUUGAGUUGCCUAUGGGAAUUGGAGGCCUCAUCAACCUUCGACAUGUUGAUAUUUCUGGUGCAGUUCAACUACAGGAGAUGCCCCCUCAAAUGGGAAACUUAAUCAAUUUGCAAACAUUAUCCGACUUUAUUGUGGGCAAAGGUAGCAGGUCGGGUAUCAAAGAAUUAAAGAAUUUGUUGGCUCUGCAAGGAAAGCUUUCCAUUUCAGGGUUGCAUAAUGUGGUAGAUAUUCAAGAUGCAAGGAGUGUUAAUUUACAGAAGAAGCAGAACAUCAAAGAGUUAACACUGAAAUGGAGCAGUGAUUUUGGUGAAUCAAGAAAUAAAAUGAAUGAGACGCUUGUUUUAGAGUGGCUACAACCUCAUAGAAAUCUGGAAAAGCUCACCAUUGCAUUCUAUGGUGGACUAAACUUUCCAAGUUGGAUAAAGAAUCCCUCAUUCCCUUUAAUGACACACUUGGUUCUCAAGAAUUGCAAGAUAUGCACAUCGUUACCGGCUCUCGGCCAAUUAUCCUUACUCAAAAACUUGCAUAUCGAAGGGAUGAGUGAAGUUAGAACCAUAGAUGAGGAGUUUUAUGGUGGGAUUGUCAAGUCUUUUCCAUCCUUGGAGUUUCUGAAGUUUGAAAAUAUGCCAACAUGGAAAGAUUGGUUUUUUCCAGAUGCAGAUGAACAAGUGGGACCAUUUCCAUUCCUUCGAGAACUUACAAUAAGGAGAUGCUCAAAGCUAGGUAUACAGUUGCCUGAUUGCCUACCUUCUCUGGUUAAACUUGAUAUCUUUGGGUGUCCAAAUUUGAAAGUUCCCUUUUCAGGAUUUGCAUCUCUUGCUGAAUUAAGUUUAGAAGAAUGUGAAGGGGUGGUGUUCAGAAGUGGGGUUGGUAGUUGUCUUGAAACAUUAGCUAUUGGACGGUGUCACUGGCUUGUAACGUUGGAGGAGCAAAUGCUACCUUGCAAACUUAAAAUUUUGAAAAUACAAGACUGUGCUAACCUGGAGGAGCUGCCAAACGGAUUGCAAAGUCUCAUAUCUCUCCAAGAGUUGAAAUUAGAGAGGUGCCCCAAACUGGUUUCAUUUCCAGAGGCCGCUUUGUCACCCUUGCUCAGAUCUCUGGUGCUGCAGAACUGCCCAUCUCUCAUAUGCUUUCCAAAUGGCGAGCUGCCCACCACGCUCAAGCAUAUGAGGGUUGAAGAUUGUGAAAAUUUGGAGUCUCUACCAGAGGGAAUGAUGCACCACAAGUCCUCUUCCACUAUUCAGAGGGAUAAUGCUUGGUAGAGAUGUGGCAGGAAGCACAGGGUGAAGAUGACAGAAGAUCUUUGACAGAAGUUACUCACUGGGGUUUUGACAAAGGAAAGGGCUGCCUGCAACACUCCCAAUGCUUGAAAUCAGGAAAUUUCAUAUUCGAAAAACUGAUGGUAAGAGGAUGUGGGGAGAUUGGAGAGCAGGUUUGGAUUAGAAUGCCUCAGUGGUCUUGAAAGUCUGGAGAUCUGGUAGUGGCAUGGACUUGUACCCUUUGGACUUUGGAGCAGCAGGGCUGCUUGGCAAUCUUAAAUAUUUGAAAUUGGAAGACUGGGCUAACCAGAAGAAGCAGAAGACUGCAGUUUAGCCUCCAACCUUACAUCACUUUAUAUGGGAGAUCAUGUGAAUCUGAAGCUGCCAUUACCUGAGUAGGACCUCUACAGGCUCACUUCUCUUUCAUCAUUUGUACAUUUCUGGUGUAUGUCCAGCUCUGGCUUCUCUAUCAGAUGAUGACUAUCUUUUUCCCACAACUGAGCAAUUUUUUUAUUCGUAAACUGGAUUCCAUCGCAUCUGUGGCUUUCAAAAACCUGCGUUCUCUUGAAACUAUAUCCAUCUAUAGGUGUCCUAAGCUCUGGUCCAAAGGGUUGACUGAAAAACUUUCGAGGCAUGACCUCAAUACUACAUGAUUAUCUGCUUUCUUCAAGACCAUUUUGAGUAAGCAUGAUAAGUUAGUGCUUCAUUUUUUUCUUUUAAUUUCUUCUUUCAGGUAAGAAGAGAAGAAUGAUGAAGUAAUUCAAUGCCAACAUUGAAGUAUCAAGCAUGAAUAUGUUACUUUUCAGUUAUAUAUUGAUUUUUAUUUUUUUUUCUUAUUUCAAGUAAAUUUUCUUUCUGCACCAAAUCCUAAGGCAAUACAAUCUUGAGCUUACUUUUUAAGAUUGAUAUUUGACUUGCUCUUUGAACCA